AUGGCCAGCAUUUGUGUUUGGGGGCCUGUGGCCCAAAAUGGCCGCUGCCUGCUGGAAUUCCGUCUUUCCCAGGAUGCCUCCCAGACCCAAGCCGCCACCACUGGAAACUCAGGCUGGUUUGACAGUGCCAAGUGCCUCCUGCAAACUGACACCAGGAACCUGAACUGGAGGUGCAAGAGGGCGGGCAGGAGGCGCCACGGCUCAUCCCGGAACAUCCCGGAGCAUCUCCGUUCAUCCCGGAGCAUCCCAGCUCAUCCCGGAGCAUCCCGGCGCUCCCAGCCCGGCACCGGAGGCAGCAAGAUGACUCUGUGGGAUGGCUCCUACCCCUUCUACCCCGGAGCCAAUGCCUGCUUCCCCUUUGACACCACCCGGGCUGUCAUUGUCACCGUGUUCCUCUCCGUGCUGGCCACGUUCAUCAUCAUCCUGCCGGGGAUCCCGGGCAGGAGGAGACUCCUGUGGUUCCUGCGGCUGCUGCUGGGGCUCUUCGUGGGAGCCGUGAUCCUCAAUGUGCAGUUCACAGGGGACUGGCAGAGUGGCUGGGUGCAGGCCAACACCUCCUACAAGUCCUUCAGCCCCGCGCAGGUGAGCGCUGACAUCGGGCUGCACAUCGGCCUGGCCGGGCUCAACGUCACGCUCAGGGGAAAGCCCGUGGAGCAGAUCAACGAGACCAUCAACUACAACGAGCACUUUCCCUGGAGCUUUGGGGCAGACUAUGACCACAGCUACAGCCAGGGGCUGCAGAAGGGGCUGCCCAGCCCCAUCCUGUACGUGGCAGAGAAGUUCAGCUCGCAGAGCCCCUGUGGGCUGCACGGGCAGUACCGCAUCGCCGGGCACUACGUGUCCCUCACCCUCUGGCUGGCCUUUUGCACGUGGCUCAUUUCCAUCCUGCUCUUCUCCAUGUCCAUCCUGCUCUAUGGUGGCCAGAUGCUCCUGCUCACUGGCACUCUGAUCCUCUCCUCCCUGCUGCUCUUCUCCACUGCGAGGAACAGCCUGAAGUGCCCUGUCCAGUUUGGCCCAGUUUCCUUGAGAACAGACUAUGGGGAGUCCUUCUGGCUGGCAUUGGCCACAGGGCUGCUGUGCCUGCUCCUGGGGCUGGCCAUCAUCAUCCUCAACUCUGUGCAGCCUCAGAAGCUGAAGCUCAUCUUCAGCCUGGACAAGAGCAACGAGGAGGAGCCGUGGGACCAGUCCUGGCUGCCAGCCCAGCCCAGCUGCUCCGCACAGGGCGGGUUCAUGGUCCCCCUCGGGGAGCUCUGCCCCGGCACAGCCACCCAGCUCUGAGGCACAGGGAGGCAGGGCAAGGCCUGCAGGGGCUGCUCCUGAA